GGCAUCGUGGUUGGUUUUGAUCAGUGUACGCUAUUUGGCAAAAAGGCAUGCCAAAAAUUAUGCUUUUUUUGCAGUAACUGCCGUCUUCAAUGCCAGAUAUCCAUAAACCGUUUCUUUUUGCAGUAAACGUGCCGUAAAUUUGAAUUUAUGGUCAAAUUGUGAGACGCUUCCACCGCGCAAAAAUAAAAGUUGCACAUUUUUCUAAACAUUUUUUAUUUGAAAAAAAGUUAUGAAUAUCUGUUAUAAUCGGGCUAAUAUUCUGUCAUACAGAAGGAUUGAUCAAGAAUUUGGAGCCACUUUAUCUGUGUGAUGGACAAGUGUGGUAAUGGAUUGAAUUUCGUGACUUCUUGUGGUAUAGCGACUUUCACGUACAACUCUUUCCUGAAAACAUCAGAAUAUCCGUUAUUAAAACCUGUAUUGUUGACUUACUGAUUUGACAAUGCAAGUCCAAACUUAGCGUGGUUAAACAUUUAUAAAUGUUGAUAUUUAUUUUGAACUCAAUGUACAUAAUCCCAGUUGGUUUCGUAUACAUAGUUAUUAUUUGAAAUUGUUUGCGAAUUUUAGUGAUAAGUCGAGUUGGAAAUGUACAAAUGUAAAUAAAGGCAGCCGAGAUAAUCUGAACCAACAUUGCAUUCGGCCUUGUUCUGACAUGUACUUAAAUAUGUACUGACCGUUAAGCACAUGGAGGGAACCGUGCAAGUUAUAGCCUGGACAUUCUAUUCUAUCUACGGUUAUCCUAUGCCUAUUCCAUAUUGUCUGCUUUAUGCCAAGAAGUUUUAAAUCCUUCACAACGCAAAAUCAGGAGGUGAUGGCCCCAACUGGGCGGCCGUUUUGAUACCGUUUGUAUAUGUUGUAGUAUUACCCAAUGAGUGUACCAGAAGCCGCAAUUAAGCCAUCCUAAAAAAUCUAUUUACUUUUGCUUAGAUUUGUACAAUUAUUAUUGACCCCAUCUAGUUGUUUUAUCAAUAUCAAACUCAACUUUUUUUAAAUUUUAGUUUCUUUCGAAUUGGGGAAAAAAUAUUCCAAAUUUCAAAAAAGUUGAGUUUUAUAUUGCAUCUGAUAAAGCAACUAACAGUGAUCAACAAUAUGCAUUCAAAGGACAUCAAAUUCUGGUACUGCCAAGUUGAAGGAAUCUCCUCCUCAGUUAUCUCACUCAGGUAACCCAUAUCCAUUCUCUAAUCUCCCAAUACCAUAAGCUGAGCCCUCAACUGGCAAAUGUGCAUAUAUGUAUAUGUCUUGUGAUAGUGUGCGUUAUUAUUCAUAUAAAUACUGGUCAUGCAGAGUUUCAUUUGGCAGUGAGAAUGUUCUUGAUUACAUGUGUAGUAUGUACACUGUUCCCAAUAGUAUUUAGCGCAGGUUGAUAAAAGUUAAAAUAACAACAACAAAUUUGCAACAACAACAACAACAACAACAACAAAAUAUCAACAAAUUGUGCAAUGGCGUACCCAAUCCCAAUACAAGUAUCGGUUAAUCUCCGCUCUAAGGAUUUCCCACCAUAUGAAUUCCCGCCGAGAGUGUUCCCCUCAAGUGAUUUAUGGAGCAGUGUCUUGCGAGCUCACGGACUGCCCAGGGAAGUCUUACACCCGGGACAUUACUACAUUAAGAAAUGUCGUGGUAACGGUCCCACAGCUAGCGUGUCGGACACGGUUGAAAAGAUACGGACACAAUAUGCAAAGACAGAUGCGAAUAACAUAUGCGUUCGCGUAGUUCGGAAUGAGACGUUUAGAUCUCCCGCUCCAUUAAGUGGACGAUUCUCGAUGAGGUCGCCACCAAGAAGGAGUCGCCGGAGAGCACAAUUUUAUCCGCCUGCACAAGUAAUUCCACUUGGACCUCCGCCUCCCAAUAGAGGAGUACCCCCAGUUCACACUGGGAGGAUGGGUCGCGGCGUCCAACCACCUGGCGUGCCACAAGACAUUUCCGACCCCCCAGUUAUUAACCUUGACGUGGACACUGAAGAUGAUGAUGACAAUAGCCAAUUUGGUGACGAGGGACGAAACGAUGAGGCAGAGGAAAUUAAAGCCAGCGUACUUGCACAGGCCCAGUUCCUCCAGGCAAAAGAACAAUGGAAAAGGUACGGCAUAGAUAAGAAAAGCUUGCUUGAUCGAAGCUCUCCUAAAGUGAAGCUCAUCCUGGAGCAGAUGCUUAUUUGAAUGGGGAAUUAUUACAUAUAUGUUUAAAUUAUACAAAUGGAUUUAUCAAAUAAAAUGCAGGAUGUGUGUUCGAUAAGAAAUAUGUUGUAAUAAAAUUGUUCAUGAAACACA